AUGACGACGCACCACGACAACGACCACGACGACUUCUCCAACGUCACAUGGAGCGACCACGUCCACGACCAGGCGCAGCGCUCGGCCGCCGCCGCCGCCGCUGAAGCUCCCGCGCGCGCCGUGGAGGAGGCCGGCAACAGCUCGUCGAUGGGCAUCGGCCGCGAGAAGCUCGAGUGCACGGUUGGGUCGCCCAUCAAGGAGAAUGACGGCACCAAGGAUGCGUUUGUGUCGUAUCUUGUUACUACUCACUCCACGUUCCCGUCCUUCCAGAAAGAAGUCACCACCGUAAGGCGGCGCUUCACAGACUUCGCCUUCCUGUUCAAGCAGCUGAUGCGAGACUACCCGGCCUGCGCCGUCCCGCCCAUCCCGGACAAGCAGCGCAUGGAGUACGUCCGCGGCGACCGCUUCGGCGGCGACUUCACCGCGCGCCGCGCCCACUCGCUGCAGCGCUUCCUCAACCGCCUGUCGCUGCACCCCGUCCUGCGCCGGAGCACCAUCCUGCACAGCUUCCUCGAGAGCCCCGACUGGAACGCCACGGUCAAGAGCCGCACCGCCCGCGGCAGCAUAGCCAGCGACCCCGGCGGCUCGAGCGGCGUCUUUGACAACUUUGCCGACACCUUCAUCAACGCCUUCACAAAGGUCCACCAGCCCGACAGGCGCUUCAUCGAAGUCAAGGAGAAGAGCGACAAGCUCGACGAGGACCUCGGCCACAUUGAAAAGGUCAUUGCGCGCGUGGCCCGCCGCGAGGGCGAUCUGGAGACG